CAUGGCGGAUAGAAGUGCGAAGGACAAAGAUCGGAAAGAGGAUGACGAAUUGGAUGAACUUCUUGAUAGUGCAUUGGAAGAUUUUGACAGCAAAGCACCAUUGGCGUCAAAACAUAGCUCACAAACUGAUACAGAAAAUGGAGAAAAAUUGUCAGAUUCUUCAAAAAAUCCCUGUAACAGCAGAAAAUCAACACUGAAAACUGAGGGAAGUAGUAGUGCGUCAGCUUCAUCUCAACAAACCACUGAUCAUGCUCGUUCAGGAGUUGAUUUCAGCCAAGUAGCUGGCCUAGAAGAUUUGGAAAAUGCAAUGAAAUCAAUUUUAGGAGAUGAACCAGAAUUGCUGGCACAACUUGAGCAGUUUGCUCAAGCUGCAGCCAGUGCAGAACCUGAUAAUCCAUCAUCAGUAGCAGAUCUCGAAGCCAAUCUGGCCAGAACCAUGAAUCAUUUGGCUCAGAAUGCUAAAGAUUUAGAGAAUGCUGGGUCUCUUAAUGAAGAUUUCUUCAAGUCAAUGGCAGACAUGAACUUGUCUGGUGGUGAUGGAGACAUGGAUUUCCUUCCAUUGAUGCAGGGAAUGAUGCAGAACUUGCUAUCCAAAGAUGUACUUUAUCCAGCAUUGAAAGACUUGAGAGAAAAGUAUCCUGGGUGGUUAGAAGACAAUAAAGCAUCGUUAACAUCCGAGGAGUUUGCUCGUUAUGACAACCAGUAUAAAGUGGUGGGUAGAAUUUGU